CCACGAACGCCAUUUUGAGUGUGGAAAUGAGUUACAUAUGUAAUUGUCACACCUAUUAGUUAAACAGUAGGCAGAUACUCUUCACGGUACAGGAGGCAGCACCAGGCAUCAGCAGCGGGAAACAUCCCUUCAUUUGUAUUUAAUUUAUUUAUCUUUCUGUCCCUAAAGGCAGUCCUAAGGUGGUUGCGUAACUGCCAUGCGUUGCACAACUAUAGCUCGAACAUUGCUGCCUUGCCUCAUCUGUCAUGGAGGAAAUGAGCUCCCACUGUCAACGUUACGUAUGGCUGUGACGCUGCAACCGGAGAAAUAUUAUUUAAGCGACUUUUGACUCUCAACCCUCCACUGAAAAGUCAUCGGAUCAUCAGACCAGCUCAGAUUUGAAAGUACACACAUGGCUCUUAGAGGUGCUGUCACCCGUGUGCUGUCAAACACCCAAAAAUGUGUUGCGGUCACAGUGUCCAGAGCCCAGGGUACAGCUGCUGCAAAUCCCAAGGAUGUUGACGAAAUCAAAAAGCCAGCCAAGGCAUCCAAGGUGUCAUUCAGCUGGUGCGAUGCCCUGAAUCUGGAGGGUCAGCUGACAGAAGAGGAGAUCAUGAUCCGGGACUCCUUCCGCGACUACUGCCAGGACAAACUCAUGCCUCGAAUCCUCAUGGCUAACAGGCAUGAACAUUUCCACCGUGAAAUUGUCUCAGAGAUGGGAGAGUUGGGUGUCUUAGGUCCAACUAUUAAAGGGUACGGCUGUGCAGGCACUAGUUAUGUUGCAUACGGCUUGAUUGCCAGAGAGGUUGAGAGAGUGGACAGCGGGUAUCGGUCAGUCAUGAGUGUGCAGUCUUCACUGGUCAUGCACCCCAUCAACGCUUACGGCACCGAGGCCCAGAAGGAGAAGUACCUCCCCCGGCUUGCUCGAGGAGAAAUCCUGGGCUGCUUUGGCCUGACAGAGCCCAACCAUGGCAGUGAUCCCAGCAGUAUGGAGACCAAGGCCAAAUACAACCCAUCCAGUGGCACCUUCACCAUCAGUGGAGCCAAGACCUGGAUCACAAAUUCCCCUGUGGCGGACAUUGCAGUGGUGUGGGCCAAGUGUGAGGAUGGCAGAGUGCGGGGCUUUAUCUUGGAGCGUGGAAUGAAGGGUUUUUCUACCCCUAAGAUUGAGGGCAAGUUCUCCCUGAGGGCAUCUGCCACCGGCAUGAUCCUGAUGGAUGAAGUGGAAGUUCCUGAGGAAAAUCUGUUGCCCAACGUCUCUGGUCUAGCUGGUCCCUUUGGCUGUCUGAACAAUGCCCGGUAUGGAAUUGCAUGGGGAGCUCUGGGAGCUGCUGAAUUCUGCUUCCAUGCUGCCCGUCAGUACACUCUGGACAGGAUCCAGUUUGGGGUGCCACUGGCCAGGAACCAGCUGAUGCAAAAGAAAAUGGCUGACAUGCUGACUGAAAUCACACUUGGGCUACAGUCAUGUCUGGCCCUGGGAAGACUUAUUGAUAAGAAGAAAGCAGCACCAGAGAUGAUCUCAAUGCUGAAGAGGAAUAGCUGUGGCAAAGCUUUGGAUAUUGCCAGACAGGCCAGAGACAUGCUGGGAGGAAAUGGCAUCGCUGAUGAGUACCACAUUAUCCGUCACGUCAUGAACCUGGAGGCCGUCAACACAUAUGAAGGAACUCACGAUAUUCAUGCCUUGAUCCUUGGCAGAGCCAUCACAGGACUGCAGUCUUUCACUGUUGGAAAGUAAAGGCUCUCGGUCACCUUCUUGAAAUGCACUUGAUGUGGACUUUUACUGUACCACCUUUUCAUCUGAUCUCUGAGAAACACAAGCCUUUCCCUGGUGGGAUAAAUUACAAAUACCUCAUUACAUUUACAGUCUUUGAAACUGCAAGUUGUUAUCUUUGGUGAAUGCAAGGUCAACCUCACAAAACAAUGGGUCCAACUGCCAUGACAUUUUUACAGUUAAAAUGCCUGAAAAUAUACCUCAGGUACUGAUAAGGCAGGUGCAUGUGGAAUUUUGAGUUGCUUUAUUUCAUAAUAGAGUAUGUAAAUAACCAGUUUUGAAUAAGUGCAAAGUUAUAAAUGUAGCUGAGAUUUUAUGUGCCCAAUUCACAUUAAAUUAUCUUUAAAUUUAAA